AUUUUAUUUUACACUUUUAUUUAUACUCGUUUAUUAUAACAAUGGAUUUAUAUAUAUACAUUCUGUUAAUGUAAUUAUUAAAAUAUCAUUUUAUUAUACAAUUUAUGACACACGCCAUGUAUCCGUGGAACUGUUGCAGAAUAUGUCUUAGUUUACAAAGUUUAAAUACGAUAUUUCGGCGGCCCGAACACAGUGAAAAGUAUUCAAAUGCGAUAUUUAUAGCUACAGGAAUUAAGAUCGAAAUCAAAGACGAUUUACCUCAGCAAAUGUGUUCAUUAUGCAUUAAUUUCAUUAACGAGUCUGUCAAAUUCCACAAGAAGGCUGAACAGACACAGAAAAAAUUACUGGAGCGAGUCGAAAAUAAGGAAUUCCAUAAUAUAAAAGUUGAAACUGCCGAUUGUAAACUUGAGGAUGAAGUAAGUCAUUCAGAAAUCGUUAUAGAUGUACCUGAAGAUGCGGAUAAUGAUUUCAAAGACUAUGAUGAUAAUAUCCCAUUAGAUACAUACCCAUAUUAUAAUGAUAAAAUCGUGAAAGUUCCAACACCGUUAAUUCUAGAAUAUAGAGAGAAUAUUGCUGUUAAAUCGAAACGGAAAGUUUUGAAGAGCAGAAAGAAGGAUGGGGAUAAAACUGAGGGAAACGGCAAAGGUGUUAAUAGACGGAAGAAAGGAGAGAAGGUGAAGGAAGAAAUCGAAUGUGAAUAUUGUCACAAGAUAUUGACUUCUAGAUUGUCAUUGAGGAAUCAUUAUAAAAUACAUACUGGAUUUGAUGUUGUCUGUGAGCACUGUGGCAAGAAAUUCAUUACUCGAAGACUAUUGCUGAUGCAUUGCAGAGCGAAGCACGGCUACGAGAAGACGGACAAAUGUUCAUUUUGUGACUAUAAGGCUUCAAAUGCUGAACAAGUUAAGAUCCACGAGCGGUUACAUACCGGCGAGAAACCGUACGUGUGCAAGGAGUGUAGCACCGGAUUCCACCGUAAGAGUAGCUACCUUCAACACAUAGCGAUACAUUUGCCGGAAAAGAAUGUACAGUGUGAUCAAUGCCCGGCCCGGUUCAAAUCCGUCACCCUCAUGCGGAUACAUAAGAACCGACACCGCGCCCCGCAGUACACCUUCCGGUGUCGAAUCUGCGACAACAAUUUCGCGAGGCGCCGCAACGUCGCUCGCCAUCUGCAGCGGGUACACGGACUGCCGGCCGACUCGCAGGACGUCGAUAGAGUUAAGAUUGCCUAAAAUUCACCUUCCCAAUUUUGAUGGUGACAAAGAAUUUUGGUUAAUUUUUAGGAGUCUCAACUGUAGUCUGUUGCAAUUUUCGAACUAGUUUGCUUGUAUUUUAGUUUGUUUAAUUGCAAUGGCAAACAGCUGACGGCCCAGUUAAUGGUAAGUGGUAACCGUCGCCAGUAUACAUGAACAG